AUUAAGCUGCAAAGACGAAGAAGAAGCGUUCGCUUAUUAUUAGUGUUGGUAGUACCCAGAGACUGUAAUAUUGUACAAAUAGAAAACGAAUAGUUCAUAUUUUAGGACAACUGCAGUCCGAAUUUUCCUUAAUUAAUUUCAUUUUGCUGAACGUAGUAGUGGUUUUAUCGUUGUACUUUUAUUUUGAAAUUUUCAGACCCGCGCGAAAGUCCUUACUGUCGCUAGCUUCACACUGCUAGUAUUGGUCUACUGACGAGUUAGAAGUGGCGGUGAGCUCUGUGCUGCGGGCCCAUAAUGGAUGGAGACACACCAGAGGAGGUGCUGGCCGAGUUUAAGGAGAGGCGCUUCGGCGGCUGGGGCAUCCUGCAGCUGACUGCCGGCACAGGAUUGGCUGUGUAUGCCGUGUGGGCGGGGCUCCUCAUGCCCGGGUUCCGGAGAGUUCCGCUGAAGUUGCAGGUGCCCUACCUCCCAGCCAGUAGGAAGCAGGUGUGCAAUGUGAUGACUCUGCUAAAGGGCCGAUCGGGAAGCAUCGCUGAUCUGGGAUCAGGGGACGGGAGGAUUGUGCUGGAGGCCUACGGCCAGGGCUUCAGCCCUGCAGUGGGCUAUGAGCUCAACCCCUGGCUGGUUCGCUUGGCCUACUUCCAUGCCUGGAGAAGAGGGCAUCACGGGAACGUGUCUUAUCUUCAGAAGGACCUCUGGAAGGUCAGUCUAGCAGACUGUAAGAACGUCACUGUGUUCCUGGCACCGAGCGUGCUCCCUCUGCUCCAGGAGAAGCUGCUCGCUGAGCUGCCUGAAGACGCCUUGGUGGUGGCCGGCCGGUUCCCUUUCACCAGCUGGACCGCUCGCGAGGUUCAGGGAGAAGGAGCGGACCGGGCCUGGGCCUACGACAUACAGGCCCAGAGGCAGCGCGCAGGGGGCAGCCUCAGCUCCUGACCUCCUGACCCACAGCCUGCUCCUGUGGAACCUCACUGUUUGUCUGUUCCUGAAUGUCUUGAGCAGAGACAGAGGACUUGGAUGUGCCAGGAACUUCUGUGCUCUCUGCCAGCUGACAGCAGGAGAAAGUGUCCAGCGUCAAAGCCAAACACGUGCCCUCACGGACAUCAGGGUUCGAAAUUCAAUGUUGCCCGGUUAAUUGGGUAAAUUCAGGAAAGAUCACGUCAUGACGUGUGCAUGUCCUGUGCAUCUCUUCUGCUUCUCUGAAGACACCUCUGAAGAGCCAAGAGGAACCUUGAGUCUGGGAACUCAAAAACAUUUAGUUCAAAUGCCUGAGUCCCCCCCCCCCCCCCCCCCCCCCCCACCACACACAUUUUUAAAAGUGUUUUUAUGCUGGAGAUUCAUCCCCGGACUGACAAACCAUGACGGAGUACUUAACAGCGUGUGUGGGAGUUCUGCCUGAGAAUAGGACCUUAGCUUUUUAUCUUCACACGCUUGUAUUUGUGAAAGGAAAUGUCGGGGUCACUUCAUGAUUUCUCGGCAGAAUGGGGUUUCUGUGGUCCUCACAGCUGGAGGUUAAUCAAAAACCCGAGCAGCCCUUUCUGAAAUGGCUCAAGAGCGGCUGUGAGUGCAUUCUGCUUCCUGCAGGGGCUUUGAGCAGCACAGGUACAGCACACGGCUCACAGACCGGAUGUGUUUGAAAGCACCUGGGGCCUCAUUUUUAGACCACGUGGCUCAGGCACACACCGGCUCAGCUACACAACCCAUUUGGUGAUUUCAGACAUUUUGGCUUAUUGUGAAGAAGUGUGUGCUGUACUGUACAUUCUGUCCGAAGUUCAGUGGCUGAAUGGUCAUUCUGAAAGCCGCAGAUACAGUGAGCUCCAGAAUGUUUGGGACAGACAUAUUUUUUCCUAUAUUUUGUUAUUUUAGAUUAGUAAUCAAAUAGUUUGCAUAUGGCUGAAGUGCAGAUUCUCAGCUUUUAUUAAAGGCUAACUUUAUACAUUUUGGUUUCACCAUGUGGAAAUUGCAGCACUUUUUACAUAUAGUCCACCCAUUACAGGGCACCAUACUAUUUUGGACAAAUGGCUUCACAGGUGUUUUUGACUGGUCAGGUGUGUUCAUUUGCUACCUUAGUGCAGGUAUAAGAGAGCUUUCAGUACCUAGUCUUGAUUACUACCAGAGGAGAUACUCGGCACCUGGUGAUGUCCAUGGGUCACAGGCUUCAAGCAGUCUGCAUGCAAAGGAUAUGCGACAAAGUACUAAACAUGACUACUUUCAUUUACAUGACAUUAAUAUUCCCCAAACAUUAUGGUGCCCUGAAAUGGGGGGCUGUGUAUAAAAAGUUCUGUCAUUAUGGAGCUCACUGUAGAUGUUUUUUUGUGUUAAAUAAGUGAUUGGGUGUGUAAAGAGGUUAUUUAAAUGACAUUGCUAUACCUGUUACAAAUAAAGGCCUUUAAACCUGGA